GCUGGAACUGUUACUUCCUCAUACUGCCGGGAAGUUCACCGUCCCCUGGGUGCGGUGACACAGGUGGGAUCUGUCUGCGGGAAUAUAGGGGGCAAUGGCUGCCGAGAGUCUACGGGGGUUUCUGACCCAGAUGGAAUGCACACAGAGGAAGGGCUGCGAGGAUGCCCUGGGCAAGGAAUUCCAGGACAUUAAGGCUAAGAGCGCAGCGUUUAAACAGAAUAAUAAUUACUCCACGGAAACAGGAGAAAGACAGGAGAACCAGAAAAAGAACCGUUACAAAGACAUCCUUCCAUAUGAUGAGACGCGGGUUCCAGUUAAACUCCUGGCAGAGGAAGUCGGGUCGGAUUAUAUUAAUGCCAGCUUCAUCCAGGGUCUGGAUAGUAAGCCUCGGUACAUCGCCACACAGGGGCCACUGAACCACACUGUGCUGGACUUCUGGAGAAUGAUCUGGCAGUAUAAUGUCAAGGUGAUAGUGAUGGCGUGUCGGGAGAUGGAGCACGGCAAGAAAAAGUGCGAGCGAUACUGGCCCCUGGACGAAGGACACAUCCAGUUUGGGCCAUUUACCAUCAGCAUGAUAGAAAAGAUUCUUGUGAACGUAGAGGUUGUGCUGCGCAGGUUCAGGGUAAUGUUUCAGGAGGAUAUGCGGGAGAUCAGUCAUUUCCAGUACGUGGCGUGGCCGGAUCGUGGGAUUCCCGAUUCCUGCUCCUGUUUCCUGGAGAUGAUCCAGCUUGUACGGCAGCACCACGCGGAGGACAGCGCGCCGAUAUGUGUCCACUGCAGUGCGGGAUGUGGGCGCACAGGUGUCAUCUGUACAGUGGAGUAUAUCCAGAAUAUGGUGCACAAACAGAGGGUUCCCAGUGACUUCAGUAUCUAUGAGAUUGUGCUGGAGAUGAGACGCCAGAGACCCUCAGCGGUGCAGACCAAGGAGCAGUACAGCUUUCUGUAUCACGCAGUCACUGAGAUGUUCGAAAAGCAGCUUCUGGUGAAUCACAACUACGAGAACCUGAGUAAGAAUAACACUCCGUUCUAUGACGAUGCUAUCAGCUUCCCUCCCGGCGCUCGGACACUAACUCGGUCUCGGAAGGAGGUCGGCCAGAGAUUCUCUCUUCCCUCGGGAAACGUGUCCCUCUGUGGCCCUGAUCAGUUUGCCAGAUCCAAUCCAAAUAUGAGUGAGACCUACGCUGUAGUGCGAAAGAACAAGCCGGCAGCUUCCGCGACGUCAUCUGCACCUCGCACUCCUCCCUCCACGUUGGAGGCAAAAUAUGAUAAUGUAACCAAGUACAUGGUACCCUCAACACCCACGGAGCCCGUGUACAGCACCGUGGCCCCCAAACCUAACCGAGCAUCCGUGUCUCCGAAUGCAGUGCCAAUCUCCUCCUCCUAUAGUCUUGCUGGGAUGCCAAGCCCUCCAGAGGUUACCACAGUCGAGUACGCAAAAGUCACAAUGCCCAGGACAGUGGACACACAUUCGUACGUCAACGCUCUUCAAAGUGACUGGUGGCAGACUCCCCUGAGCGGAUUUCCUGCUCCUCCAGGAAGAAGCGUUGGGAUGAUUACACGGGAUGAUUACGAGGAUGUUAAUCAACCGCUUGCAGUGUCUGGAGGCAUAGGAUUUAACUGCCGGAUUGCUAAACCCAAAGGGCCACGGGAACCACCGGCUGAGUGGAGCCGAUGAGACUAAAAUCCAACCCCAAAUCAUCUAAACGGUCCAAGACACGAAGCAUAGAGCCUCCUGACCUCGUGAACACCGAGACAGUGGCUAUAACUUCCCGAUCAGGCUGAAGGCCGGAGGGGCUGAUGGGGCAGGAUCUUGAGACGCAGUCAGAGUGACCCCAGCAGCGAGGAGCGCGGAAAUCACGUUUCUGGAUUCUUUUGUUUUCAUUACACGGCGGGUUUAAUUUCCGUUAAUUACGAGCUUUAUUUAUCAAUAAAUAGCUGACAAGCCCUGGA